UUUUUUUUCCAGGAAAUGUUCCUCACUGCUGCUUCACAUCUGUGUGCUGCUGCUCAGCAUAGCGUAGCACAGACCUGAGAACAGAACAACUUCACACCCCGUAAACAAGCCGAAGCCCUGCGGCGCUGACGAGUUUGUUGUAAACAAAGAGGGCGUGGCUGACAGCGGGAAGCCUUUCAGUUUCCCCGUUUAAUUGCAGGGAAUUAAAACGACCAGACGGUGUCUUACGUUAGCAUCUCCUGCUUGGUGAAAUGUCCAGGUCAGACUACCCUCCUGGGUAUGACGACUCCCGGGGCCCGCUGUAUGCACCUCAGGGAGGGAAUUAUCCACCACCACCUGCGUAUGGCUUCCCUGGUUACGGUGUUCCCCAGCCAAACCAGCCCUCUUCUCCUUACCCCCCUGGUCCAAAUGCCCCCCCGUACCCAGGCCAGCCAGGGGGCUAUCCUCCGGGCUUGUACCCUGGCCAACCAGUGGGCUAUCCUCCUGGCUCGUACCCAGGACAGCCUCACCCUGCUGGUCCUCCAGGAGCUGGCUACCCCAACCCCCCACCCAUGCCUCCUAUUGUCCCACCUACAAUACCAUCAGAUGUCCUGAGCUCUGAUGAUGAGUUUGCGGCGAGGGGCAGUGGUUGGGACAGUGUGAGCAUUCGCCAUGCCUUCAUCAGAAAGGUGUAUUUGAUUCUGGCGUCUCAGCUCCUCGUCACCACAGCCAUUGUGGCCGUCUUCACGUUUGUCCAACCUGUCAGAUUAUUUGUAAGAAAAAACUCGGCUCUCUACUGGGCAUCAUAUGCUGUGUAUAUCGUCACCCACCUUGUGCUGGUCUGCUGUAAGGGCCCGCGGAGGAGGUUCCCCUGGAACGUCAUUCUGCUGUUCAUCUUUACCCUGGCUUUGUCCUACAUGACUGGAUCCAUUUCCAGUUACUACGACACAAAAGCAGUGUUUCUCGCUAUGGGGAUCACCGCAGUUGUCUGCAUCACUGUCACAGUUUUCUGCUUCCAGACAAAGGUGGACUUCACCAAGUGCCGCGGCCUGUUCUGCGUUCUUGGGAUAGUAGUUUUUGUGACUGGCAUCAUUACCACCAUUGUGCUGUCCUUCAACUAUAUUCCGUGGCUACACAUGCUUUAUGCAGCUUUUGGAGCCAUAGCUUUCACUAUGUUCUUGGCGUACCACACACAGCUUCUGAUAGGAAACAGGAAGUACUCGAUCGGUCCAGAGGAGUAUGUGUUCGCAGCGCUCUCCAUCUAUGUUGACAUCAUCCAGAUCUUCCUUUUCCUGCUGCAAAUUAUUGGCGCUUCGACCAAAUAAGGGCGAACUAUCAACUUUUGGUUGGUUUUAUGGGGUGCAAACCAUAAUGUGCUUAAAACUUGCUUUAUUUUCUGUCAGAAUCAGAGUAUUUAUAAACUCAAGAUGCACUCCAAAGAAGGGCUGAAUUUGAGAUGAGUGUAGGUUAAUCCUAUGCAUAAAAAAGCACUUUUUCUUUUGUCUAUACCUGCAUUUAUCAACUUACAUGUGGUUAAAAAAAAUAUCAAUACUACAGUAUAAACAGCGCAAAUAUCUAUGGACACUGGAGCUGAGACACAUAUUCACUCUUGCCGGACUUGAGGCAGACAGUGUCCAAACAUUUUUGUCUGCAUGAAGAUGUAUUGCUAUACGUGAACUCGGCCUUUCAAUAUCGAGUUAACCAUAUGGGAAGCCAUUUUUAUUCUAAUGUUCAGACUCUAAUAUUCCCACACAAAGAGCCACCUCUCUAGUUGGCUUUGAAGUGCACAGGGGGUUGGCAGUACAUGUGUCAUGAUUUAUGAAUGAAUGACUCAUUUAUAGGCUACUACGCUCAAUUUUUCAAACAUUAGGCAUUUCUUGUUAAUAUUUGAAGCACUUAAAGGAAUAGUUCCUCAUUUUGGAAAAUAUGGUUCUUUGCUUGCUUGUUGAGAGUUAAAUGAAAGGAUCAGUACCACUCUCAUGUCUUUCAGAUAAAUGUAAAACCACAGCUUGGAUUGAUUAGAAGAUUAGAAACAGGAAAAAGCUAGGCUGGCUGUGAGAGAAGGUGAAUCAUCUACCUCCGGGCACCUCUAAAAUUCACAGUUUAACAUAUUACAUGGUGUUUGUUUACCCAUAAAAAAAUGGUUUCCAGCAUCAGGUUGUGACAGACUGUUUCCUCUUUUUUUUCCAGCUUUAAUGCUAAGCUAAAUUGCCUGUUUGCUGUAAUUUCACAUGUAAUGUACAGACACGUCACCUUAUCUAACUCUCAGCAAGAAAGUGAAUCAGCCCCUCAAAAUAUUCCUGCCAUUAUUAUGCAUGUUAAAAGACAAAACGGGUUAAUGGUGCAUAACAAAAGCUUGUUAAUUGAGCUCUUUAGUAUUUAUGUGCCUAAAAUUACAUGUGAAAGUUACAUGAUGUGUGAUUAUCAUUUGGUAUUGAUUGAUUGUAAAGAUAAUAGUGCAGAUACUCAAAACAUACACUUAGUAGUGUCAACAGUACUGGCUGUUUGGGUGGUGAUCACUCACCCCUGAACUCAAGCUCGGUACACCUAAAGACAGCCUCAGAUCUGCUGUCACGGGUUUGUACUAUCAAGUGCCUUCACAAUGACAAUGUUUCUAAGAGUAGAUUUAUUCUAACUUUCAGAAGUACAUGUACAGUACUCCAUAAGCUUUUAUAGUAUUGGUACAUAUGUGCCUGUUUAUAUAUAUACUUGUGUUACAGUCAGAUGUGGGUCAGACAGCUGGGUGGGUUUGUCCAUACAGGACAACACAAUCAGGGUGCUGUAAAAUUGUUCAAACAUUCCUGAAAAUCGGUGUGUUCUAGCUAAUGUGGGACUUUGUUGAGAUGAUCAACCCCACCCACACAUCCUCCACACGUGUUCAUGUUCAAUGUUAAUGAGACACCCUGCCAAAGUUAGACUCAGCCCUCGACUCUAAACAACUGAGGCAAACAUUUUGAAUAUCUAGUAUAGAGUCUGUAUUUGUCAGGGUUUGUAAAUACACAUAUCAAUGAUGAGGAAAGUCUGUCUGUCUUUUCAUAUCAAAUAAAGACUUGUAUUUGUGA